AUGUCGAUGAUGAGUGGUGCUAUAAUGAUGAAUAACCCUAAUCCUAUGAUGAUGGGUGAUAGUAUGAUGAUGGGUAAUGGUAUGAUGAUGGGAAGUGGUGAUGUCGAUAAAUGUCUUCAGCCUAUGACGAAUUAUACAAUUGCUCAACGUAUUCUUGCUGCUAGCUUCAUCAGCAUAAUGACAUUUGCUGGUCUGACCUUGAACGGUCUCUUACUAACUAUAUAUUACCUGUCUUGGUCUGAUAUUGGCAAUGUUGUCAUUUACCGAAUGAUGCUGUCUUUGACUCUAUCUGGGCUUGUUACAAUAAUGGUCAACAUCUAUACCACACUACCAUGCAGUUUCUCCUUCUGUAGUUUCUAUGGCGUGGAUGCGCUGAUGAUUACUCUGUCAUCGCCUGACACAUUUGGAUACUACACAACGCUGUUUACCAACUGUAUUGUAGCAAUAGAACGUAUCUCUCUGUUUACAUCUAAAGCCGUUAAUCAUUUUAUUCGAAAAUUCCACUUAUUGAUCAUCAGUAUUCCGUGGCUUCUUGGAUUUGCUAUAACUGUUGGUACUACAUCGAUUGGCUGUUAUAAAAGGUGA